CAGCACAGAAUUUUUUAGUUUGUCCUAAGUCACUAAGAUGAAGCUGACCCACUACAUCUUUGUAUUGACACUAUCAUUAUUUGCAGGAAUGGUAAUGGGAUCAUGUGACACAAAAUUAGAGUGUUCACUUCUUGGUGAUCUCCUAGAAAUGGCAAUCAAACAUAAAAGUCCAGGUAAGUUCUGUCAGUGUCAAAGUAGAACCAAAAUCCCAGCAUUUUCAUCAAUACUGACUAAACCACAAACCCCUGGAGACAAUGGUGUUAUCAAGUUUGACAAAACUGUCACCAAUAUACAUAAUGGCUACAAUCCAACCACUGGUAUUUUUACUGCACCUGUUGCUGGAGUUUAUCAGUUUUCUUAUACAGUCAUGACUGUGGCUGGAAAAUAUCUGCAUGUCUACCUUUCUUAUAAUAAUACCAAACAACAAAGUGUUUGGCUGAAAGGUUCUAGUCAUGAGACAGGAACAGCCAAUAUAUUAAAUCUGAAGAAAGGAGACCACAUUGAAGUAAAGUCCCAUGGCAGUCAUACAAUUCACAGUGAUAGUAAUAACUUGUAUAGCUCAUUUUCUGGCUAUCUCAUAGCACAAUAAAAGAAAUUAAACUAUUA